AUGGACCACGAUGCCAGCCACGAUCACCCUGUCAACACUCCUUUACAACCUAAAUCUAUACUGCUGAAAGAUGGGGAAACAACGGCCACUAUGUAUCCGAUUCCGGCAAAUGCAGAGCAGAUACCAGCCGGUCUUCUAGCCUUUUUGCUAGACGAGUUCAACAUGGAAAUUGAAAAAGGUGAUAGUCUGCCGUACUAUGAACCACUGACCGUUGACGGGUUCUGCGGGACCUGGUUUCAUGCUGAGGGGUUGGUGUGCGUCAUGGUGCUGGGUGAAAUACCAGAGCUCGAUUACAGUAACCCUGUUGACUCUGGCGAUUCUGCAGCAGCUUGUGACGAUCCACAAGCAGAGGUCACUCGGCACACACUACAGUAUGUACGACGUAAGGAACGUCGAAACUUGAAUUUAAACAUACAAUGGGAAAAACAGUGUUUGGGUGCUUUCAGUCUACAACCGGCAUAUCCCGGACGUUCCUCGCAUGUGGUGACCGCUUCAUUCCUGGUGAACGCCGGUAUCAGAGGGAAAGGAAUAGGAAGAACCUUGGUGGAAUGUUUUUUGAGCUGGGCACCUCAGCUAGGUUUCACUUCCUCAGUUUUCCCACUCGUAUACGGCACCAACGUCGGAAUCCGGCGCAUCUUGGAAACGUUAAAUUUCAGAAGAGUAGGAAAACUGCCAGAGUCUGCAAUUUUGAAAGGUUGCGACGUCCCAGUAGACUCCUUCAUCUAUGCGAAAGAGUUCACUCACGUCUCUAAGAGCAUUGACUUACUGAAUGAACCGAAUAAGCAUUUCGCCAAGUACGAACGGUUGCGAUACUAUCUCGAAAGCGGCAAAUAUCCAGAAUAUUGCGACAGAACAGAAAAAGCGCGAUUGCGUGCUAGUGCAAAAUACCAUAUGGUUCAGAAUGGAAAAUUGAUGCGUCAGGGCAGGGAGGUUAUUUACGAUCCCGAGAAGCAGUUGGAAGUGGCUUUCGAAGUACACCAAGUCGCUCAUCAAGGUAUCAACAAAGUAACUACAAUCAUCGCUGAACGUUAUCACUGGAAAGGCAUUAAAACCACUGUGGCAAGGAUCGUCGCUGCUUGUCCUCUUUGCAAGAAUCACCAACAAGAAGAUAUAGGGAUAGUUGUGGAGGCCGGUUCUCCUCAACAGCAAGCGCGCAUGGCUGUUCGCGGCAAUGAGAUAGACGACUCUUCUCAGCUCAGCAAAAUGGCUGCUGCUGUGAUAGGUAGCCUGCAAGGUCCCUUGUCACACUCAGAACGGAUAGCAGCAGAUGACAUGCCAGCUAAUAAGAAAGCAAAGCCAAGUAUUCAUCGGCUGAAAUUCAAUGGGCACGAAAAUUCACGCAUUGACACACAAGAAAUUUCAGGGAAUGAACAGUCUAUGAACAGUUUCAAUUCAUACACCCCAUCUCAGCCAAAUACGAAACGUCGCUACCUCGAUGUGGCACUGAGCUCUGGUGCAGGAAGUAACUCUGGAAUAUCUCUCAACGAGCUUUCUAGCGGACCUGCUACCGUUGAGAUUGAGGACCAAGAUGAUACGCAUAUGGUCGACGACGCCCUACUAAACCUCGAAGACAACGUAAUGGCAGCCGUCGAAGCCGUUCAGCGCAACAAGCGGGGGAAUGAUCAAUUCGAGCGUAACUCCGACGAUCAGCAUUUUUAUUGA